AUGGCAAGCAGAGACAGCGACAUUGUCCAGUUCUGUUGCCAGCUCUACUAUGCACAGGAGGGGGAAUCUCCCCUCUCCAUUGACAUCAUGCGUUUGGGCUCGAUGAGGGGCAGGCUGAGCGUGAAGUACCAUACCGUGGAUGCGAGCGCCCUUGCGGGCCGCGAAUACGAAGCCUGUUCAGGCGAGCUCAUCUUUGAACAUGGCGAAGAUCACAAGGAGAUCCAGGUCGAAAUCAAUGACGACGACAACUGGUCACCCUCCACUGAAUUCAAAAUCGUCUUGACCCAUCCGCAGAACUGCAGGCUUGGACAAGAUCUGCAAUACUGCCGCGUGAAGAUCAUCGAUGAUGAUGCUUUUCCUGGCAAUAACCAUCGCGAAGAGAUCCUCAAGGGCGAGGAUGCUAUAUGGAACAUCAGUGGCUUCUCCCUGUUUUUCGAAUUUUUCCGUCUGAACUUCAUCAGUGAGGGCAUGGGGUACAGAACUGUGCUGACUGUGAUGUUCGACCAGUUGAAGAACGCCUACCUUCUGCUGACCCUCAUGAUGAAAACCUAUCUCAUCAACGUGGUGCUGGACACGAGGACGUCCGAGGAUCGCCUCAUUCUGCCGGAUCGGCGCACUUGUGCCAUCGUCAUCGGCAUCCUGUACAUCGCGCCGCUCACAAUUCUUCACGUCUGGGACUACUAUAAGUUGUCCUUGGACGUGCAAGGGCGAACGAAGAUGUUCAUCCAGACCACCCUCUUUCGGAAGUAUCUGAACUACAGCGAGAAGUCAAGGCGCUCCAUGACCCCGGCACAGAUGAAUCAUGCCAUCACGCAGGAGAGUACGGACGUUGCCAGUGCCUAUGCUGCGGUGUUGGAAAUCGUGCAGAUGGGCGGUCGAAUCGUGCUGAUGGUCUGCUUCACAAUGUGGCAGGACCCGGCGUGUUGGUGGGUCGUGGCGCUCAUGCCCACACUCAUGGUCCUCUUCGGAAUCAUCCGUGGCGAUGCGAUGUCCAAGGUGACCCGGAUCUCUGGCGCAGUGCGGGAGCAGGUGGUUGCUUUCGUGAGUGAGUCCUGUGACAAGUACAGCUUGAUCGCCGAGUACAGCCGUCGGCCGGUAAUGAGCGAAAUCUUCGAGAAGAAGGCCAACCUCGCACGCUUGUCGGUCAUUCCCGAGCAGCAGGUGGCACUCAAUAACAACUAUUUUCCGCAGUGGCUGGGACCCACCUUCAUCGGCGCUUACAUUGCCCUCUUUGCCGAGAGUGUUCUGGAUGGGUCGACGUCGAUGGGAGUGUUCCUGGCGAUCAUCUCUGUGAUCAGCGACAUGACCAACGACUUCGAGGGCAUUUUUAUCGAGCUGAUGAGCAUCAACACCCGGAUCGACUCUCUGAAGGUCUUGACUCAUUUCUUCAACAUGGAAUCAGAGCUUCCAAUCCUGCGCGAACUGAACUUGCGGAACCGGGCGCUUACUCUGGAGGCACGCCAGGAGGCCAGGAAACUCCCCGAGCCACCGCCGGAGACCGGACUCCUGAGGACCGAUCUCAUGGAGAUGAAGGUUGAAGGAUUAUCCUUUGGCUACAAGAAAGACCA